GCGCUGCGGAGCCGCCGGCGGAGACCGGCUCCAGCCGGUAUAUAAGGGGCUGGGAGCGAGCGCAGAGCAGCCGCCGCCGCGGGCAGCGGGAGCAGCGAGCGGCCGCCGGGCAGCGGGGCACCUCGGCACCUCCUGUCGCCGCCCCGCCGAGGGUCUGCCGGCAUGGGCAGCUCGUAGCCCCACUCCUCGCCCCGCCGCAGCACCCAGCGCCGCCCGAUCAAAAAUGACUGUCAAAGCUGUAAAAAUGCCGUGCACCACUCCAAAUGUUUAUACUAAAGUGCCUGACGGAGGAUGGGGCUGGGCAAUUGCUGUGGCUUUCUUCUUUGUGGAAGCUCUUACAUAUGGCGUUAUAAAAUCAUUUGGAGUCUUCUUCAAUGACCUGAUGGAAAGCUUUGAUGAAACCAACAGCAGGAUAUCGUGGAUAAUAUCCAUCUGUGUGUUUGUGCAGACCUUCACAGCUCCUCUGUCGACGGUGCUCAGCAACCGCUUCGGUCACCGCUUCGUCGUGAUGGCUGGAGGGGUGCUGGUCAGCACCGGCAUGAUCACAGCCUCCUUUGCCCACAGUGUUGUUCACAUGUACAUCACCAUCGGCAUCAUUUCUGGCCUCGGGUACUGCCUCUCUUUCCUCCCGACUGUCACCAUUUUAUCACAGUAUUUUGACAAAAGACGUUCGCUGGUCACAGCAGUGGCAUCUACAGGGGAAUGUUUUGCUGUCUUCCUCUUCGCACCAGUAAACACUCAUUUGAAGGAGCAGAUUGGCUGGAGAUACAGCCUCCUUUUUGUUGGGGCGCUGCAGCUGAGCAUUGUCAUCUGUGGAUCGCUGCUGCGACCCAUGAUAAUCAAAGAGCAAGAAGAAGAAGAAGUGAAGGCGCAGCCUCCAGAAGAGCCUGCAGAGACAAAGUACAUGCUUGAAAACGAGCAAACACGCACCUCAAUAGAGUCCAUAGACUCAGGAGUAGAAAUAACUACCUCACCCAAAAAUGUGCCUGGAAACACCAAAGCAGAGCCGAAAAGUGAAGAACCAAAGGACCAUGUACAGAUAACUGUUGAAAAUAACAGCAACCCUACAGAACCAAAAACCAAACUACUGGACUUCUCUGUGAUGAGAGACUAUAGCUUUAUCUGUUAUGCAUUCUUUGGCCUAUUUGCUACCCUGGGAUUCUUUGCUCCCUCCCUCUAUGUCAUUCCCCUGAGCCGCAGCCUUGGCAUCAGCAAAGACCAUUCUGCAUACAUACUGUCUGCAAUGGCGAUUGCAGAGGUCUUGGGCAGAAUUUCAGCUGGCUGGGUGCUCAACAAAGAGCCCAUCCGCAAGAUCCACAUCGAACUCAUCUGUGUCGUUCUGCUGUCUGUAGCACUGUUUGCCUUCCCUUUUGCCUCUGAAUUCUGGGGGUUGAUGACAUGUAGCAUAUUUUUUGGGUUCAUGCUUGGAACGGUAGCGGGCACACACAUCCCGCUGCUGGCAGAAGACGAUGUGGUUGGCAUUGCAAGAAUGUCUUCUGCAGCUGGAGUCUACGUCUUUAUUCAGAGCUUCUCUGGGUUGGCUGGCCCACCCCUCGCAGGUGUCAUAGUGGACAGAACACAAAACUACAGCUCAGCCUUCUACUCCUGUGCUGCUGGCACGGUCAUGGGUGCUGUGUUUCUGUCCUUGGUGAGACCAUGCAAGGUUGGGAUGUGCCACCAGCAGCCACCGGGCACAGAGGGAAGCGUGGUGGAAGGCACACAAGACUCACCAGAGGACUUCAUAGACAUGGACAUUGGAAAGGCAGAUCAUUCAGGAAAAGGCUCUGACAGCGUGGCUUAAAAACCACUCCUCUACCAAGCAUCCUUGGUGUAAGACUACGGAAAACGCCAACUCUGCUCCACAUUUUAAAACUACAUUCUAAAGGGAAUGUGAAAUUUUAAAUGUGAACAGAACAGUUGCUAUCAACAACUUUUUUUUUAUUCUUAGAAAAAACUUUUUUAAAACCAAUUGAAAGCUCCAUAGAAAGCCACAAAAGAGCAGCUCCUGCCUAGCAUGAAGAUGUGAUGCACACUCCUGCUUUCCAAUACCACCUGUAGCUGAAGUCUUGACCGAUUCCAUGUGAAAAACUGAAGAGCAGAAUCAGCCCAUGCAGCUCAAGCCAGCGGAGCAGUCUGACUGUCUCCAUUCCAUGCUGCAAGUCCUGUGCAGUCCUGAAACCAAUUACACUAACGAGAAAAGAGUAUUUCAUGCAAUACCAGUAGCCAACUGCAUUUUCUUGCAGAAGAGUUUGGACUGAUGUUUCAAAUUUGAGGAGGAGGCCAGGCUGGAUAGCGGCUUAAUACAUUGCAAUUAUUCUUCUAAUUAACUUGAAUGUCACAAAUGCUGGGAAAUUGGAGGUUCCAUAUGUCUUUAUGGCCAGUUAUUACUGCACAUGUAUCACAAUAAGGUCAUUUUUCUUCUCCUGAUUGAUUUUUUUUUUUUUUUCUUAACU